AUGCUGCAUCCUUCAAAACCAAUCGCUGUUCAAGUGAACGGAAUGCGAAUAUUUCUGCUUUGGUACCAGAUUUUAGGGGAGAACGCUAUUCCGGCGUGUACGGAUGUUUUCAUUCACUUAGUUCCGGAAUUUGUCAAACCCUCCAACACUGUGCAUCAAAUACCAGUUAGUUUUGAUGGUGACGGUCAGAAAGAGUGUCGAAAUGCACCCAUUCAUCCAGGGGUUGCCACUUACUCGGAUCAAGGCACAUUAGCUGUUGCAGCGGCUGAUGAGCAGAAAAACCUUAUACUUCUGCGGUUCCUUCUUCGUUUUUCUGUUACUGAAGUGGACAAGAUUCUGUGGAAUCCAGAGCCCAUUGACCGGAGGACCAUGUGCUUUUGGUUUCUUUUUGAACAACUUAAGCGGUAUUAUUUCCCAGCUAUUUUCCCAAAGAUUUCUGCCAAAUAUAGUUUAUAUGAUGGAGGUGUAUUGCCUUCUGUGAUGUCCCAUCUUUCUGACUACUCUCCUGCUCCCGACGGAUAUCCCAUUUCCCCAACACGUUUGGCUAUUUAUCAAGAAGAGGUUGUGCAGUGGUUAUCCGAAUUUUUAUAUAAUGGUCCUCUCACAUAUUCUCCAAAUCCCCCAACUGACCCACGUAGCGUGAUAUCAAAUGACAGUGUUGGCGGCAAAAACCCUCGUUCAAGAGAAGGCAGUAUCUCGGGGGUUGAUUUGAGCAGUCAAUCAGACCUUCAGUUUUCUAGCGCCAACGACCCAGAUCAUCGCAAUACCUUCUUUACCGAUGGACCUGCGCUCGGCUUGGUUAAUGAACUUUCGCCCUCCCAACCUCAACAACGCGUCUGCACAAACGCGGCAGCUGCCUUGUCUCCCUUGGAGAUUAGUCAAUCUAAUCCUGGCUACUCAUCCGAUUUUUUAUUGGUACCUCGUAAAGCAGUUUCGUUAGAACCCGUCCCGUCUAGCCUUCCAGUGUGGGAUCUAAAUUACUCUCCCAAAAUGGUCAGUCGAGUUCGCGAAAUUCUCUUCUACUCGCGUCAAAAUGUCAAUCUUAUUCAUGCAGUGUUCUACCAUGCUUUUCUAUUACCUCUUGAUCGAUACAAAACCCUGUUUCGUCUUGUUCUUGUCUACCGAUCGUGGCUUGAUGAUAAACCAGUGUUUAUGAAAAAUGUGGAAACUAAGCUGGUGUCUGCCAAGGUAAGCGAAUGGGGUGCUCCACAGAUUGCGAGUGGCCAGAAUUCAAACCUAAAAGACACGAGACGCCGUCAUGAAUCAGGCCCCUCGGCGAUACUCCAGAUCAGAUCCGCUGCUUCGCUUAACCCGCCCUCUUUACUACAUCAACCACCCCAAGCUUUCUUGCACAGCGACGUUGGUGGAUGUAUGCAGACAACAUUCCAGGUUAUGUUUACCAAUGUGUCACACAUUUUUCUUCGUGUGUGCCCUCCAGCUUGUGUCACAAGUGUUGAAUCGGGAGACCGGGUGCUAGAUAUGCCGGUAGAUUUUGUAUCUCAGCAAAUCGCUCUGUGUACCUUUAUUCUCGACAACAUCAUCCAACCCUUGACGCAGUCUAAUGCGCUCAACACCGAAAGCUGGGAGAAGCUGCUAUCUACUUUGAUUCACAUAAUCUCUGAAGUCAUGUCCAAAAUCUACCGCAGUGACCUUUUUGAUUUCCAUUGGGUAUCUAACGAUAGCCUCCUGAGCAAAAUGUUUCAGACGCUCAAUACCGCCUCGAUCUACGCAACUCUCGCAGCACCGAUAUCAGCGACUUCUUGGGACAGUUGUUUAGAAAUUUAUUCGAAAUGGCUGGAUUGUCCAGCUCUUUUCCGGGAAUGGAAGGCAAGGUUCUUUGACAAGUGCAUUCAUUGGUGUGACCCACCAGUGACAUCUGUUAGAAACAAGACCAUGGACCUUCUAACCCGCCAAUUUAGUAAAAUUGUCUUCGGCGUUAACUUAAAUGACCUCCCAAACGAAUCCAAAACAAAGCGUGGAAGACGCACUUUUGGUGUAACUAGUAGUGGUUCUUCUGGCCUCUUGAACUCGAAGAUGGUGGAGAAACGUGGACUGCCAACGAAUGCAGUUGCCAACGACGCAUCAAUCGCGGUGGAGUCGGCGGACACGGUGCCUGAUAACUCUGGCGUGGAGUUUAGCCUGACCACGGGUUCUGACGAGGCUGACGCGACCAGCUCUGAUGGCAUUGCGGAAUCAUCGGCUGCGAUUGAUGGCAUUGCCUUCCAUGAAAUUACCAACACCUCCGAUGGGUGCAGUAGUGAUGUUGACUGUGAACCCCACGACAACUACAUUCUUGUGCCAUCGAUGGACCUUCACUCCAACGACACCACCAAGAAGGGAAGCGAUGACUGUACAGCAGUGUCAUUUUCUUAUGCACCUAGCCGUCUAAGAAGUAGGUCGGUUGACAGAACGGGAAGUAUUAACACAAUGUAUCCCACCAGAACGCUAACCUCCUCCAACGGCCUCUAUAAGGAAGGCAUUCCCAGGACCGUCUCCGUGCGCAACAUUACCGAACACAGCAAGAAAUUUCAACAUUCUAGGGUCAUCAGUAGACAACCAAACGAAGUUGGACAGUCAAAUCAUCUCUCAGGUACCAUGCGGCACGUCACCACGUUAACAAGAUCGCCCGAUGCUAUUGCAAUUUCGAGGAAUAACUCGCUCGUGGCUGAUCCAAAAGCUAGUAGCGUUCUGGCAGGUGGAAAGGAGCCUGGUUGGAAUGCUGACUCUGCACUUGUUUGUUGGCGUCGCUUUCUCGGUUUGCUGGGCGAUUUCAGUCAGCUCUCCAAUCCCACUGUCAUGGUUAAUGUUUUUGUGUACCUCGAUUCUCUAAUCGACUCCCUCGUGGAUAUCGACGCUUAUCAACCGCUUGAAUUGGCGCCCAACGGCGCAUUCAGACCGCCCACUACUCGACCUCCGUUCGACUACUUAGUGCCGGUUUUUUUGAGGGUUUUGCAGAUGCCUCCUCAAUUCAACGACGGGAAAAAAAUUGCCAUCCGGAUUUUGAAAAAGAUGCUUAUUCGUCAACAAGACAUAGAACAGUGCAAAGAUAUUUUAGCACCGUUUUACCGUAUUCUGCAUCAAUUACUUGUCAGAAAGGAAGAAAAUUUUGCCGCCGAAGUUAUUCGUUCUGACUGUUGGAAGAUGUUUGCUUACUCGUUGCCAGCUUGCAGCCUUUUAACGCUGGAUUUCAUCCAGGCCACCGAUGAAAUAUUCGUUCAACCCGCAUUACAUGACGAGGAUUUACGCGCUCAGGCAAUGUCCGUUCUCGUUGCCCUUCUCCCCUUGCAACAGCACUUCGGGUCUCUGAAAGCAUUCAAACCCUCCUUACCCGACCUGACUAUUGGAGAGACUGGCAAUGUUAUGCCCCUGCUGGCAUCCAGGCUGUUUCGCGGGGUGGUUGCGGAGACAAGUGAAAAAGCGCGUCAGGUGGCAAUUUGUGGUAUCAUGCAUUUGUGCUUCGCAAUUCUGAUCAAGCAGUCGCCCUCCCGCAUGUGCUCGGCAGAACAGGCCUCCACCGUACACACCGGCCUCGUGACUCUGCUGAGGUGCACGCGCCUCGCAAACAGGGCGGUCGCCCUCACGGCUAUGGGCAUGUUGCGUGCCCUCACCGAGUACUCUGAGGCCUUUUUCGACCUCAACCCAACAUACCCCGCCCUCAUCAUAAAGGUGGCUCUUGCUAGAGUUGUGGCUGCGUUUGCCACACUUGCUUGGAACCUGGCCUUUUUGUGGAGUCAGGUGCGAUCAGAGGAAAAAAUCUCACCAACAUUUAAGAUGCUUUUGACUGCAAACAUCUCAGCGUUGAUGGAGUGGACAGUGAAAAUUCCACUACCACUGUUGACGUCUCCGUUUACCAAUCUGAACAUUGUGGACGACAGUAACCGGAAGCGGUCAAAGGAGAUCACUUGCCUGUGGAUUGUCUUUUCGGUGCUUGAGUACAUCUCGUCCUCCACCUCAUUGAGCCAUUUGGAACCAGCCGGUCCCGGUUGGGUUCCUGGCUUUCCCCUUCCCGACCCUCUUGCUGAUGAAGGCGAAAGCAAGUUUGCAGAAGAAAACGCUGCUGAACGCCAACUUGACUCACUCGAGAUAUUUGCAGACCAAAGUUGCUUUCUGGCUCCAAUCCCCCUGACUCCGGAAUGUAUUCGUGUUGCGGCGAGAUUCGCACGAUGCCACCUAUUCAGCCAAAUCGGUCGGUAUCCUCUGUCAAGCACCAACGACGUGAUUGAUUCUCAUGUUCAGGAGCACCACAAUAGAGUGAUCGAUCCGAACAGUCUGGCUGAAGAACUAACAUUUGAUUAUAUUGAUCAGCCAAAUGUACAGAUUUUUGUCGUCAAUCGGUCCUUUUUGGUUUCACUUUUUACGGUCGAUUCAUUAUCCACAAAAGCCAACUCCCUGGCCUGCCGAACCGACCAGGUCAUUAAUUCCGAAUUGCUUCUUGAAGACACCGUCACAGAUCUCUGUGAUGUUCGUGUAAUUGUGCGUGAUAUCUCGGGAAAGUAUGUGUGGGAUGCCACCCGCAUUCAGGGCCUCCUGCAGAGAAAACCGCCCUCACCUCCGCCCCGUCAACGGCCAGCCUCCUGCAACGAUCCCUCCAUCACGAUGCCCAUCCACACUGACCUUCAGUCAACGCCAUCAGCCGGGACCGGUGAUCAAAGCAUCAGGGCUAAGUUCGACUUCCUCUCUGAGGCACGUCCACACACGUGGGCCGUAGAUCAAGCCUUGAUGGUGGAUGAAAUCAGUUUUCGUGUUUUGCAAAUGUCUUUUGUCGCCGUCCUCCAGCUACUGGAAGAAUUGGCUUCUAAACAUCCGGAUUUCCGGUCGCAGAUUGCAAGCGAAGUGUCUGAGGAGGCUAGUCUGGCCAAGACCAGCAAACAUUUAUUUGAUCAUUCUUUCGAGAAGCUGGCCUGUGAACGGAUUACCGCAGCUAAGAUGUACGAAAGCCAAAUUCUCGACCAACGUCCCGAAGUCCCUCCAUUGAAUUUCUACGGAACCUCUUGUCAAGACCUGAUAAACACGGCAGAAAUGGAACGGUGGUCUGGAUUAAACCAACAAUAUACCAUAGCUAAACGUCUGCUGUGCCAACUUGGAUUUCUGUCGCAAAAUCGGCGACCUUCUCUAGAAUUGUUGAAUAAGUCUUGGGGGCUUGUGCGAGAAAUAAAGAACUUGGACAAACAAAGAUCGCGUCAAACAUACAAGAUUGCCCUGGUAUACGUUGGCCCCGGACAAGAGGAGAAGCAGGAAAUUUUGUCCAACCCACAAGGUUCCCUUGAAUUCGAGCGCUUUGCCUCCGGUCUUGGCUGGCAUGUUAAAUUGGCUGAUCAUCAAGGCUUUACUGGGGGAUUGCAGUUCCCUGUGGAUGGUGAGACGGCUACCUACUUUUCCACCUCCACAAUCGAGGUCAUUUUCCACGUCUCCACUCAGAUGCCAUCAGCAACUGACGAAGACAGGCAUCGAAUGUUCAAGCACCUUGGCAACGACGAGGUGAUGAUCAUUUGGACUGAGCAUUGGCGUCCAUUCCGAAGAAGUAGUCUCCGUACGGAGUUUGGUGACGUGCUUAUUAUAAUCUCGCCACAAAAAAGUGGUCUAUUUCGUGUGGAGAUACGCAAGGAGCCGGAGGUGCCCUUUUUCGGCCCCCUCGUCGAUGGGACGCUAGUCGCAGAGGAUCAUCUGCCAUUUUUAGUCCGAGCCACCGCAAUUCAAGCCAGUAAUGCACUAAACUCAAGGAAACCAAAUUUCAAGGAACACUUUGAGGAACGGUGUUUCUACCUGCAAUCAAUAAUCAACAAUCACACGCAAAACACCGCCUUUGAAGAUUUCGUCAUGCAAGUGGCCCUACCGAAACUCCCUCCCGGUACUACUCUUUAA